AUGGCAGGGGGAGCUUUUGUUCUUGGUUCCACAGGGAUGUGUGGUUUGCAAAUGCUCAAAGCUGUAGAAAAGUCGGCUUCCUUUGAUAAGGUUGUAACCAUUGGGCGCAGACCUCCCUCUUUGGAAAGUCCGAAAUUAAAAGCAAUUGUCGAGAAAGAUUCAGAGAAAUGGGGAGAGAUAGUUGAAAAGGAGGCCAAGGGCUUCAAAGUAUUAAUGUCUGGCCUUUCAACUACCAGAGGUGCUGCAGGCUCUGACGAAGGCUUCUACAACAUCGACUAUACACUUAAUUAUGCUGCAGCCAAGGCAGCCAAGAAUGCUGGUGUUGAGACCUACGUUUUGAUAUCUGGCUCAUUUGCAGACGCUAACUCAAGGUUUCUUUAUAUAAAAACUAAAGGGAAGCUUGAGGAUGAUGUCAGAGCACUCAAGUUUAAAAGAACCAUAAUUUUUAGACCAGGCUUAAUCCUUGGAGACAGAGAGAAAAAGAAGAGUGCUGGGGAAGAAUUUAUUGUCAGCAUCUUGAAGUAUACGUAUGGAAACUUCCUUUCCAACAUUACUAAUCCAAUCUACGCAAAACAUAUUGGAGAAAUUGCUACAACAUUGGCACUGGAGCCUAUCCCAGAAGAUCAGACCGAACCUACAGUUAGAAUCAUAGGAGCCAGAGAACUCAGUGCCUUAGGUAAGGCAUUACCAUAG